GCCGGGGCCGGGGCCGGGAUGGGGCAGCGCGAUCGCAUGUUCAAGGUGCUGGUGGUGGGGGACGCCACGGUGGGGAAGACGUCGCUGGUGCAGCGCUACGCCAACGACAGCUUCAACCGGCACUACAAGUCCACGGUGGGAGUGGAUUUUGCUCUGAAGGUGGUCCAGUGGUCGGAAUCGGAGACAGUACGACUUCAGCUCUGGGACAUUGCAGGGCAGGAACGCUUCACAUCCAUGACGCGGCUGUACUACAGGGAGGCGUCAGCCUGUGUCAUCAUGUUUGACGUCACCAACAUCAGCACAUUCAGCAACAGCCAGAAGUGGAAGCAGGAUUUGGACAGCAAGCUCCUGCUGCCGGAUGGGAACCCCGUGCCUUGCCUACUGCUGGCUAACAAAUGCGACCUUUCCCCAUGGGCAGUGACAAGAGACGAGGUGGAUCGGUUCAGCAAAGAAAAUGGCUUUUCUGGUUGGGUGGAGACGUCUGUCAAGGAAAACAAGAAUAUUAAUGAGUCCAUGAGAGUCCUGAUUGAAAAGAUGAUGUCCUCAUCCACUGGUGAUGGAAGUUCCUCUGCUGCUGGGAGUGGGGAUUACAUUAACAUAAAAGAGACAACCCCGCCAGGCUGGGCUUGCUGUUAGAUGCACUGACUACACCACCUGCCUUGGGUCUAGCAGCAAUGUCCUUUUAUUAUUAUCAUCAUCAUUUUUUCCUAAACUGGCUGUCACUGGUUUUUGGUUUUUUUUUUUUACAUGAUCGUGAACUGUCCUCUGUUUAGUGCAUAUUUGUUCUCAGUAGAGCAUUGCUACAAUGCCUUGGUGUGAGGAGUGGAAAGAAGAGAGGAGUAAGAAGAUUCCUCUUUCUUCUAGUGUAGUAGCAACUGGGAGCUCUGCUGCUAGUAACGUAGCACGGUCCGUGUUCAAGCACAUGGCUUGGAUUAAUUUUUUUUUUAAUUUUGAGCACUUCAUCUUCUGACAUGUGAUGGCCUGUCUCAGGCAGGGCGAAGGAUGUCGAAGGUAUAUUUUUAAUAUUCUUACACCUUUUAUUCCCCACCGCCUGCACCCCCCAUACACAGAGGCAGCAGUCCAAAGCGUUACAGUGACCUUCCCUUGACGCACACAGAGUUCAAGCCGUCUCUCUGUGCCUGUCGAUUCCCAGUGUGGGAUUACAGCAAACUCUGUACUUCAUGCUCUGGAACUACAUCCCUCUGCUUACGUGUCCUGAAGAGACCAACACAUCUCAUCAUUGCCACUAACUGUCCUCAAGAUGUGAAGCCAGGUGUGGAUUAGGAUGCUGUCCCACGUAACUAGACCUGUAAAAUUAUCAGUGUGAAUUUGAGAAAUGGUGUAGCACAGCCCUUCCUUUGGUGUGUACUGACUGUGGUGCUUAACAGCAGAGACCUCAAAUUUUUGUCAAGAAUUGCCCGGUUGCCUUCUGUUCGUUCCUUCUCACUCACCCUCUGUCUAGCACAAUCCUACGUAUUCUGUUCUGCUGCCACUUUAUUAGGGCACGGAGAGCUGAAUGAGGAAUAGGUUGUAAACUCCUUUGUAUGACAGAACAACAGCCCUUUUCACUUUUAGAACACCCUGUGUCCUGCCAUCUCAAACAGCUUUGCAAUUGCUGAUGAAUUGCCUUCCCACAAUUAUUCUGUAGCGAUGAGUGAAUUUGGUAGCAGGGACGGUGCAGGGAAGGCAGCUCCCUGCAAGCCCACCUGCUGGUUUUAGUGGUGCAAGGGGGAAGCAAAGGAGAAGACUUUGCAGGACAAAAGGAAAUGAAGAGAACUUGCUCCCCCCUUGCCUUCUGGUGCCUGCUUUCCCUAACAUAUCCCCAGGUACUCAUUGUUGAGAACCGUUCUUGCCAACAACAACAAAAAAUUGGUAAAAGCACGCUAGAUAGUUAUCUCGGGAGAGUUAAUAGGAAACUCGGUCUGUAGGGCUGGAGUUAUAUAGCGUUGUAUGCAUUUGAUAUAAGCAUGCUAUGCUAUAGAAUUGUCUUGCCUGUGUUUUAGGUUAGGAUUUGAACAAGUGGUCUUCAGUAACGUUUUUCCCUUCUUGAGUAGUUUAAUUUGAAAACAGGACUAUACAUUGGUUUGUCCUGAUUCCUGCUGAAUUAGGACUGCUUUUCUUUGGCAAAGUAUUCCUUCUGCCUGUCUUUUCUUACUUUAUAUGAUCUAUGGAGGGAGAAGGUGGUAAGAACGGGAACUGAUUGCCUUCACUAAACACAAAAAAUUCUGAGUUUUCAUUCUCUGGAUUUGAAAAGGAUUGAUAAGUAAAAGUAAGGGCUAAGAAAUUUAGAAUUAGUGUUGUGUUCCACUGUUUUAAUUAAAAACUAAAAUGUCUGGGCUAGGAUUCUGUUGUGCAAAUAUUGCCAAAUUCGGUUUUAUAGGCGCUUAAAUAUACCCUUUUCUGCACUGUUGGAUUCACUGUAGAAACACGUGAAACAUGUAGAACUGGUUAGCAACAAAAUGGAACUGUCUUGUUGAAUUUUACUUUCUAAACAUUGUGUUUAAAAAAAAAAAGAAAAAAAAAUAUUUUUUUUAAUCCUAUAAGUAUUUCUAGUUCUUUAUGGAACAUGGGGAGCAGGCUCUAAUUUUUUAAAGGAUCUGUCACGAAACCAUUAAGAUUCAUGUGUCAUUUAUUGGUUUCUGUAUAUGCACCUCAAAGCGUUUCAGCAAAGAGGUCAAGUGUUAGAGCUGUCCUCACAGAUGGAGAAACCGAGGCACGCAGUGGAAAUCUCUGCCCAGGACCAACUAACUCAAGUCAGUAAGAGCUUGGCACUGCAAGGAAAACCUCUAAUUCCUGUUUCGAUGGCCUAGCUGCUAGGCCAUGCAUCUUGCGGGAAAGCAUCUUUAUACCUUUUGCACGUCAGUUUGAUAGGUACCAGUGCCUCUUUGGUGUCGGGACCUCUUCAUCUGGACCUCUUUUUCAUAAGUGCCUCUCCGAAACAAGCAAAAAGCCAAAGGAUGAUCUUUAAAGGUUUUCUUCUAUUGUACAUAAUUUCUGUUCUGCCCAGUGGUUUCCGGUACUGGUGUAUGCCUUGGGUUUUUUUUUUUUCCCCACACUGCUUACUGCUUAUUAACAUCUUAAUAGACGCAGUAGACAAGUGUCAAAAAACAAGCCUGCACAACAGAAACAGUCGUUGCUUGAGAUUGGUAUAAAAACCCAACCAGACAGGAAAACGAUUUUACUGUGCAGAUGUGUGUGUUUUUUCAGAGCUUGCUCUGUGGUACAUCAGGUGCUUAAAAAAGCAAAACAAAACAAAAAACCUCCCCUUGAGUCAGUCCUGUAAAACAAAGUGAUUCAAAAGCCCCAUCUAAACAUGCUCUGUGCUGGGAUAGGCAGUGUGGAAAGAACGGUUGCCUGUGAAAUGGAUUGUGCCCAGCUUGUGCUAGCUGAAAUAAUUCUCAUUUUUAAAACAACGGAAAGGGAAAAGCCAAGUUGAGUGAAGCAGUUUCUAAGAAAUAUUUUAAACAAAGUUGAGUCUCAUUCAUGCAGACCAAUAAAAACUUUAAUCUUUCAAAUACGAAUCAGAAAAGCCUCAUCUUUAUUAUGAUGAACUGUGCUUCACUGGUGUCUUCGUCAGGAGUGACCUGUUUUGAAAAUGAAGGCACUUGUUUUUCCCUUCUGCAGUGCCUACUUUGACUUUGUACUCUUUGUGUGACUCUGGGCCAACUGUACCCAUUUCCCUCUCUUCCACAUGUUUUUUCUCAUUCCUAUAACUUUAAUUUACGGUCAUGGGACUCAAAACCACAUGAAGUUUAACGGUGUAUUUUAUAUGUUGAUGACAGCAUACUAUAGGUCCACAUAGCUGGAAAUUUUUACUGCAAUAGAAUUUGAAAGCAUGAGGGCAGACUAUAGUUCAGAAAUAAGUCAACACCAAAACUUAGCUUUUUUUUUUUCUUUCCCCAACCGCUUGCAGUUACACAGAAGUAUUUUAGAGACAGGGUUGUGAUUACUGUAAAGUUGAAGUAUUAUCAUGUUUAUAUAAAGAGAAGAAACUGCUGGGAGGUUUUCUCCACAUCAAUCAGUAACUAAUGCAGUAUUGCAAAAGUUUGAAAUAAAAGUUUGACAUUGCU